CUGGAGGACCAUCAUGUCGGCAAAAUGGUGUUGAUGAAAGUGAAUUCUGCUGCUGUUCUUUCCUCCGUCCCUCUACAGAUGGUUUACUAUUUCAAUAUAUUUUAUUACAUUUUUUACUUUCUUGUCACAUUCCUCAUGAUUAUCUACAAAAGUCGGGUUUUUAGUUUCCCAGAUGGUAAUCUGGCUUUUGAUUUGGUUCUUCUGAUUCUCAUGGGAAUUCUAGAAGUAACAAAGUUAUAUCAUGGUUUUAAAGGGAAUCUGACUGAAGAAGCAGUUCCAGUAGUAACUAACAUGGUUCUGACAAUUGGAAGAUCUACAUGUGACGUGACUGGACGGGCGCAGCAUUCAUUUGGUUUGUCGACUAUUUCCAUUUCCUGGAGGACUUUGCAAUUUGUGUCAAACAGAAUCAGAACUUUUUUAUUGAAUAAUUUCUAUGGGGAUAUUCUUAUAUUCUUAUGUUUGUAUCUUCUAAUUAACCUGAUAAUCGCUUCCAAGUGGAUCCACAAACCUCACUCAGGCUGCAGCUUUGCCUCUUUUCAUUCAACAUCAGGAGGUGCCACGGUUUAUCCUGCAGAAACUCAAACUGCUCUGCUUAGAGACAAUGUUAUGCAUUCAGUGUCGUUCUGAUUGGAAACCAAGUGGAAAGGAACAUGAACCUGCAUCCUAAACCUUGUGCUCUGUAAUCAAUUGAUUGGGAACAAAAAGUCUUCAAAUGCAACUUUCUUGAUUAGUAAGGGCAUCAAAGGUUACAGGAAGGCAGGAGAAUGGUGUUGAGAGAGAAAAAUUGAUUAGCCAUGAUUGAAGGUGGGGCAGACUUGAUGGGCCAAACAGCCAAAUUCUGCUCCUAUGUCUUAUGGGGAUAUAUUGUGUGAAUGAAGGAUCUUGAUUGGCAACAAUUCUGUCACAAUAAAAUUAUUUUUAUAUA